UCGCGCCGCGUUCGGGCAGCGUGCGGUGGCGGAUCGCCGUUCGCAGCGCUUGCGGUGCAGCCAUGGCGGACUCCACGCAGAAUGGGCCCAUGCAAGGCGGGGCUGGUGGCGGAGCCGUGCAAUUUAUGAUGGCUAACAAGUUGGAGACAGCGAUGUGGAUUUCCCGCUUGUUCACAGUUUACUGCUCAGCUUUAUUUGUUCUGCCUCUUCUAGGGUUGCAUGAAGCAGCAAGCUUUUAUCAGCGUGCCUUGCUGGCAAAUGCUCUUACUAGUGCCCUUCGACUACACCAAAGGCUACCACACUUUCAGCUUAGCAGGGCGUUUCUGGCGCAGGCUUUGCUGGAGGACAGCUGCCACUACCUGUUGUACUCUCUUAUCUUUGUGAAUUCCUACCCUGUUACAAUGAGUAUUUUUCCAGUUCUGCUGUUCUCUUUGCUUCAUGCUGCAACAUAUACAAAGAAGGUUCUUGAUGCACGAAGUUCAAACAGCUUGCCCUUUCUGAGAAAUCUUCUGGAGAAACUGAAUGCUAAUCAACAGAAUAUUUUAAAAUUCAUUGCUUGCAAUGAAAUUUUCCUUAUGCCAGCUACAGUUUUUAUGCUCUUCAGUGGGCAAGGGAGUCUGCUUCAGCCAUUCAUUUACUAUAGAUUUCUUACAUUACGCUACUCCUCUCGACGAAAUCCAUACUGUCGGACUCUCUUUACUGAGCUGAGGAUUGUUGUGGAACACUUAAUAAUGAAGCCCUCAUGCCCUGUUUUUGUAAGAAGACUAUGCCUCAGCAGCAUUUCGUUUAUAAGCAGAUUGGCACCAACUGUUGCAUAGCCAAAUUUCAGGCACUUGUGUUUUGUGAACAUUAUGAGCAGCUGGCACUUCUGAUGAUGAUUAUAGAUUCCUGGUUUUACACUGAUCUCACUCCAGGCUGUAUAAAAAUGUGUAUAUGCUUUUCUUGGAGAUACGAAAUUUAGCAUAUUAAGAGCAAGUCAUGGAAACUUAAAAUUACUGUGCUGUAUUGGUAAAAGGUAGAAAAAAGUGGCUGCAUCCUAUCUGAAACAUGCCCAGUCAUACAGAAUUGUGGCUUUUAGGAAUCAAAAGGUUGGUUGAGGUUAAAAUGUUAAAGUCAGUAGAUUUCUGUUAUUUGGAACUAUAUCCACUGUAGGAUGUCUCCAAUGGAUAACAGUUGGUACACAUACCUAUGCAUUAUGCUUUGGACAGUAUUCUUCUGUUUACUUAAUGUAUCUGUAGAACAAUGUUGUCUAAGCUACUAUUCUCAGUGUAAAAAGUAUUUCCCCCUUGGAGUGUAACACAAGGGAUUAAAAUCUCUAAGAUUACAUCAUUAACACCUUUUCUGAAAGAUAAGUUAUUUUUAUUAAUACUACUAAAGAGCUCCUCCAGGUUUCUGCCUUGUGACAGUCUUGCGUUCUGUUGUUGGAAAAAAUUUAAAAACUCUGAUUGUGGAAAAGUCUGUGCAGUUAUCUGAUCAUAACAAAAUGUUUUACUAAGCCAAAUUGCUGACCUGUAGGCUUUUCAGACAAAGAUGCAAUGCUUAAACUUUUAACCAUCUCUUAAGUGAACUAAUCAAUGUAAAUGAAGUAACUUUUGCAGAAUCAUUGCGGAUCUGUUCUUGUGUUUACACAAAUGUGAGACUGCACUAAUUCAAGCAUGUCAGCUUUUUAGAAAAUUAAUCUGCAACUAGCUCUGUAUAAAUUGUUCUUCCAGUUUCCAAGACUCUCAUUGUGAUGGGAUAUUUGCAAAAAUCAUUGCACCUGUUUAGGCAGCUUCUGAAACAAAGGGGUGUAGGGUUGUUUUUUUUGGCAUAAAGCCAUCUGAUGACUGUUCCAAAGCCAGUGUCAUGACUAGAGGAGUGAAUAUUAAAUUGGGUACUGAUUAUGCAUUUACGUAGCAGCUGAAUGAUAGGUUGUAGAAAAAGAAUAUUAUCUUUCUGAAUAUAACUUCUUUACACAAAUUCAAGGUGAAGUAUUUGCCUAAUCUUAGGUAGUAAAUGCUAGUAUUCUAAUUGCAUAAAAUUAAAUGGGUUUCAUUGACCUUUUGUAAAUUUAUUUAGCACUGUACUUAACUAUUCUUCCUCAGUCAGAGACAUCUUAUGGGAAGCUUCAGAAAACAGUCUUGAAGCAAAGUAUUUUUCUGUAACUAUUGAGUUACCUUGUUUGUGAUGUGGAUAUCAUUCAGACUUUCCGGUUGUAUUAGUUUGGUAGAUCAGAGCCAUGUAUUUAUAAACUUAUUUCAUUUUUUGCUCAACCUCUUGGUACUGAUGAACCAAUUGGUAGUUGAAUAUGAUAUUCUUUGACUACUUGUCUUGCUCUCUGAACAUGAUUAGCUAUUUAUAGAACACUUGCACACUGCAGAAGCGUCUGCAUGCAGUAAUGCUCUACAGCUGCUAAAGACUUGCAAUGAGAUUCACUAUAUGUAUAUCCUGUAAUUUGAGAAUUUUAUAAAACCCUAAAAUUUCUACUGCAAUAAAAGGAGUGUUAAAUGUAA